CCCAUCCAUCCAGAAAACAGACGCACAACGCUGAACUGAAGUUGAGAGAUAAGAUCAUGGCAGAAGUGAAGGUUGUUGGCAGUUGGGCAAGUCCUUAUAGCGCAAGUGUUGAGAUUGCUCUCAAACUGAAAGGAAUUGAAUAUGAAUUCAUACAAGAAGAUCUAUCCAACAAGAGCCCCUUGCUUCUCAAAUACAACCCAGUCCACAAGAAAGUUCCUGUCCUCCUACACAACGGAAACCCAAUACCUGAGUCUCUUGUCAUCCUAGAGUAUAUCGACGAGGUCUUUCCGGGCACUCCCAUAUUGCCUAAAGAUCCUUACCAGAGAGCCAUGGCUCGUUUCUGGGCUAAGUUCUUCGACGACAAGUUCUUGCCUGCAGUAAAGAAAGCAGUAUUUACCAAAGGCGAGGAGGAGAAAGAGAAGGGAAAAGAUGAAGUUUGUGAGCUUCUGAAAAUUCUGGACAAUGAAUUGAAGAACAAGAAGUUCUUGGGAGGAGAGACGAUCGGACUUGCAGAUUUAGCCGGCAAUUUCAUCACCUUAUGGUUGGGAGUUUUUGAAGAAGUUAUAGGGGUAGAAUUGGGCGUGACUGAAGAAAAAUUUCCUCAUCUAUGUCGUUGGAAGGAGGAUUUUCUUAAUUGUGGUGUAAUCAAGAACACCUUUCCUCCAAGAGAUAAACUUGUUGCUUUCAACAUCAAGCGAUUCAACCCUGCAGCGGCAACUGCUUCUAAUUAGUAAAAAGAGUUGUACUAUUUUAAGUUUUAUGUUUCAUCUAUUGUAGCUCUUGUUUAAUUUGUCAUUAUUAUUAAUAAAAUAAAAUAAUUAGAGAAAGCCAUUGACA